GUGAACACGAAAAUUUAUAUUAUCUAUAAAAUAAUUGCGAUAAGACACUAUCUUCAUUGAAAACACGAUCUUCUCUACAUCGUGAUUGAAAAGCAUAAUAAACAUUCCGUAUUUGUAAAGUUGGCGACAUUGGUGAUAUCCUCCUCAACCGUUAACCGUUUUUUACAUAGAAUGUAAAUAGUAGUAGAUACAAAUUGAAAAUAAUUUAAUUACUAAUUAUUAUUAAUCUGUACGAUACGAUUCAGUUUUAAUAACAUUUAAACCAGGAUUCGGACUAGGUGUAUUAUUGAUAUAUAAUACUUAAUAUGUUUUCACAAAUCAUACGUAAUGUAAAUCUAGAUAUCGAGCCAUCAUCGAAUGUCUCGAACGAAUUUAGUGAACUCUUGAAACUAUCUGAGCAAUCUCAUUUAGAAUAUGAAGAAGCAAAGACCAAACUAGAAGAGAUCAACAAGGAAAUAAAUCACUAUGAUGAACAGUUAAAUAUUAUUGAAAGAGAACGUGUCAAAUUAAUGUCGGAGUUAGCUCUUCAAAUGCAGAUGAAACACGACUUAAAAAAUAAAGUGGAAAGUCUGAAAAAUAUACUACAAUCAACGGAAUUCGACUUAAAAAAAUAUAAUAAAAUGAAGUUAAGUACUGCUGAUCAAGAUACUUUUUCUCUUACCAAAAAGAAAUUCAUUACUUAUAAGAACAUGUUGAAGAUAUAUUUUGAUUAUUCAAAUGGUGCAAAUGCAACUACACAAAAAGGAUAUACAUUUAACAGAAUCACAAAAAAAUUAGCCUAUUUUGAGUUUAAUACCGAUGAAAAAACCGACAAUGAAAUUUCAGAAUGUUUGUGGAACAAAAUUAAGUUAGUUUCAGAUAAAAAUUGGGAAACAUUAUCUGUAUAAUAAUUUUGUUUACCUGUAAUUAUGUAUUUUUAAAUAAAUAAUUUAAAUUUAAGAUUAGGAAUUUGAUUUUUAUUUUGAACAAUUGUGAACUGCCAA